UUUUUGGCAAGUCUGUUAUAUCACUGAAUAGGGCUAAAUUCAGUAAAAUUUGCGAAGAUGGAAAAUGCGGAAAACUCCGAAGUUACUAAGAAACAACAUUUGUUCUAUAUUGUCGGAUUGAUAACAAGCGAAGACUUUCAAAAAUCCAAAUAUGCUAUUUUUAAAUUGUAUCGAAGUUUUCCUCAGGAAUUUGCCAGUCCUGAAAUCAGGCCAUUGCUGGACGUUGAAUGGAAUGAGUUCAUAGUUAAAUAUCAGCGACGAUUAGGAAAUGGAUUAUGGCUGAUUAAGAACAAGGUGGCAAUCUUUAAAGAUGGCGAAUUUCUGGGAGACUUUAGCGACUUAUACGAGUUUAUUUGGAGGAAAUGGAAAUAUGUAUUUAACGAAGACUGGCAUUGUCUAGCUUCCAAACAUCUGAUUGAUUACUUGGAGGAAAAGAUAGAGCAUUGUAGACAGCUUGUCUACCUCACAAUCGCUAUAGACAGCCAUGUAAUAGGAUCAUUAUUAUUUGAGUUGUACAAUGAUAUUGUUCCUCUUACUUGUGAAAAUUUCCUAAAUCGGUGCAAUAACAAAUCUAGAGGAUACGCUGGAGCUUCUAUCCACAGAAUAGUAAAAAAUUCGUGGAUUCAAGGUGGCGACUGCGAGCUGGAAAGCAGUUCUAUGGCGUGUGAAAAUUAUGUAGUGCCUCAUGAUAGAAGAGGAGUUCUCUCUAUGUGCAAUAAUGGCCGUCAUAGAAAUAACACAAUUCAGUUUUACUUAACGCUAGAAAGUGCUCCUUGGAUGAAUUAUAAAUAUGUCGCUUUUGGACAACUGAUCUCUGGAGAUGAUAUUCUGAAAGCUAUAGAAGACGUUCCAACCUACUAUCAAGCUCCAAUGCGGAAUAUAACAAUAGUAAAAUGCGGCGAAUACAAAACGAAACUUCAAGCGGAGAUGUCAGGUGCCUUAUUUACCGUUGACGAAAUCGAACAAUGGAAGGAAACGCAAUGUCAAAUUGAUAUUUUGACUUAUCUUAAGUCAUAUCAUCGAAUAGCAGACCCUGAAGGACACCCAAGUGAUAUUGGUCCCGUCCCGUUAGUUCAAUACAACAGAUCCUACGAUUCGAUUAUGACUCACAGUCAACUAAAGGCAGGAGCCUACAGUCUUAAAAGCGAUUUAAAAUCAUAUGCUCCAUUAUCCUACUUGCCAGAGCCAGACAGUGAUCAAGAUGAAGGGGCUUCAAAUUACACGAUUUGUGGACCUGAUUAUCCGAUAAAGAAACCGCAAAACAACAAAUGGAUGGACGACAUUCAGGAUACAUCUCGUACAGACGUAACAUUAUAAAAGAACUAAUUUGAAUAUAUUAUUCCUAACGA